CCUUUGAACUUUCAUGAGAAAAUGUGAAUCUGGUAACCCACAUUAUCGCAUGCUUCUUACACGCUGAAUCAAACGUAACGGUUGGGAAACAGACUAAAAGCAAGAUGGCAGCCCCCAUGGACAGCAUGUUUCGGCUACUUGUUGGGAAGCGAAAAUUAAAUUUCAUCGGCUUGAGAUCAGAUUUGAAGAGAUGGCUAGCCACAGUGACGAACUACCAGACCACCGUUGAUGACUCCUUAACUGAGUUGAAAACAUUCAGAAAACAUCCCGGGAUCAUGCGACCCAAAAAUGUCAAACUUCCUGAUGCUUUACUGCAGAACCUCAACCAAUACCUGGCUGACAAGCCAGUGAAACAGCUUAAGCCGCGGGCCACAGCACUCGGGAAUUACCUGUGGAGCAGACAACAACCUCUGGAGGAAGCAGGGCUGAGGGCCAAGGCACAGGAGUAUGCAAGGAUACAAGGAGUGGAGGACCUUGAUGAGGAAAUGUUAUACAGUCAUGACCUACCCAAAGACCGCAAAAAGAAAGUGUCUUCCGUCAUGAACACUUUGCGGAGACACGUCUACCAUUGGCAGCCCAUCACGUAUGAUGAAGUUACAGUGUGUGCCUACACCCUAGCCAGGAUAGCACCAAACUAUGCCACAAUCUACAGGGUGCUCCAAGAGAUCCAAAAGAGGCUUCCAGACUUCAGCCCUCAGAACCUGCUGGACUUCGGUUCUGGUAUCGGAACAGCAUCAUGGGCUGCACACACCCUGUGGGGCGAUGCCAUCAAAGAGUUUUACUGCGUGGAUACCUCCAGACCCAUGCAUGACGUGGCGGAGGCACUCAUGAGGGAACAAGAAGCCGAGAAUGAGGAAAAUAACUCCAUCAUCAAAGGGGUCUACUUCAGACACUUCUUGCCAAUGUCACUACAGAAGAAGUAUGACUUGACGAUAAGCGCCUACUCCUUACUGGAGUUACCGAGCAGUGCCGAUCGGCUAAACACCCUCCGGACGUUAUGGCGCAAAACGGACCAGUUUUUGGUCCUUGUCGAGUGCGGCACCAACGAAGGCUACAAGACUCUCAUGGAGGCCAGGGAUUUCAUUCUCAACGACCUUCAGAGAGAAGAGAACAGAAAUGAGACGGGUAGAGGGGUUGCCAGGGGUGUUGAUAGGGGAGAGCUGGGAUUGGCUGAGGAUUCUACAAACCUUGUUGGUCAUGUCUUCGCUCCAUGUCAACAUGACCAAUCCUGCCCAAGGACCAUAGACAACUCGGGAACGCCUUGCAACUUUGAGCAGGACUUUCAUGAUUUCAACAAAAGAGGGCACUCCUCAGAGUUGACCAGGGAGCGAUUCUGCUACCUCGUGCUCAGGAAAGGUCCCAGAACAUCAGUUGAUAAUACUGACCACUGGCCAAGAAUCGUCCGUCCAGUUUUGCCGCGUGCUCGGCAUGUAAUCUGCAGGCUAUGUUGCUCCAACGGUCAGUUGGAAGAAACGAUCAUCACUCGAGCCAAGCAUGGGAGGGAGCUCUAUCGGUGCGCAAGGUACUCUGCCUGGGGCGACCUUCUCCCCAUCUCUCGACCUCAGGACAGUGAUGUGCCAGGCAGGCAGACAGACUCCGAGGGAGAACACUCGGGGAUUGAUUGAGGUUUUUGGAGGGUCAAGACUGAAGCAACAGUUCGAAUCCCACCGUGGCCGAGAUGGGAAUUGGGGUUUCUUUGAUAUCCCACCUGUGUGUGUGUGUAGGAAUCUUGUUAUUCUUUACAACUGAGGACUUAGGACAAUGGGGUGUGUGCGAUAACAAUAACACCCGAGGACCUGAGCCAAGUCCUCAGGAGGUUUUAUUGUACAAACCUUAUGGGACCUGUUGAGAAAAAGUACACACGGUAGGAACAAAAGAAGGGAACAAUAGGAGGUCCUCACAAGUAUAGGAUAACACCACUGUGUUUGUACGUGGGUUUGUUUUUGCAUUCAAUAGGGGACAUUGAACAAUAGAGGACAAUAGGGUCCACAAUUCCCGAAGGUCCACGA